CGCUGGUCGCGCGUCUCCAAGUCUGCGAGGCCGAGGUGGGCGCCGAGAGCUGGGCGCCACAGACCGCGCGUCCCGCUGCGCCCCGCGCGCCCCGGGGUCUAUGGAGCGGCGCCUCCGCGCCGCCCGGCCGGCCCCACGCCGCGCCCGGAGCCUGCUCUGCGGCCAAGUAAUCGGACUGGCGGUCCUGCGGGAGACUCGGGGCUCGGAGCCCGCCUGAGCGAGCCCCCCGGAGAUGGCGGCCCCCUAUCCCGGCAGUGGCGGCGGAAGCGAGGUCAAAUGCGUGGGAGGCCGCGGCGCCAGCGUCCCCUGGGACUUUCUACCCGGGCUGAUGGUCAAGGCGCCGUCCGGACCGUGCCUGCAGGCGCAGCGCAAGGAGAAGUCCCGGAACGCGGCGCGCUCGCGGCGCGGGAAGGAGAACCUGGAGUUCUUCGAGCUGGCCAAGCUUCUCCCGCUGCCCGGCGCCAUCUCCAGCCAGCUGGACAAGGCUUCCAUCGUGCGCCUCAGCGUCACCUACCUCCGCCUGCGCCGGUUCGCCGCGCUGGGGGCGCCGCCCUGGGGGCUGAGAGCCGCUGGGCCGCCAGCUGGCCUCGCCCCAGGCCGCCGCGGCCCCGCAGCGCUGGUCUCCGAAGUCUUCGAGCAGCACCUGGGAGGUCACAUCUUGCAGUCCCUGGAUGGCUUUGUGUUCGCCUUGAACCAGGAAGGAAAAUUCCUCUACAUCUCAGAGACAGUCUCCAUCUAUCUGGGUCUCUCACAGGUGGAGAUGACGGGCAGCAGCGUCUUCGACUACAUUCACCCUGGGGACCACUCAGAGGUGCUGGAGCAACUGGGGCUGCGGACGCCGACGCCCGGCCCCCCAACCCCGCCCUCCGUCUCCUCUUCCUCCUCCUCUUCCUCUUCGCUUGCAGAUACCCCCGAGAUCGAGGCCAGCCUCACCAAGGUGCCCCCCUCCUCCCUGGUCCAGGAGCGCUCCUUCUUUGUCCGCAUGAAAUCCACGCUCACCAAGAGGGGGCUGCACGUCAAGGCCUCAGGGUACAAGGUCAUCCACGUGACUGGGCGCCUUCGGGCCCACGCCCUGGGCCUUGUGGCCCUCGGGCACACGUUGCCCCCGGCCCCCCUGGCUGAGCUGCCACUCCACGGACACAUGAUCGUCUUCCGUCUCAGCCUGGGUCUCACCAUCCUUGCUUGUGAGAGCAGAGUCAGCGACCACAUGGACCUGGGGCCCUCAGAGCUGGUGGGCCGCAGCUGCUACCAGUUUGUCCACGGACAGGACGCCACGAGGAUCCGCCAGAGCCACGUGGACUUGCUGGACAAGGGUCAGGUGAUGACUGGUUACUACCGUUGGCUGCAGCGUGCCGGGGGCUUCGUGUGGCUGCAGUCUGUGGCCACGGUGGCUGGGAGCGGGAAGAGCCCCGGGGAGCACCAUGUGCUUUGGGUCAGCCACGUGCUCAGCCAAGCCGAGGGUGGCCAAACUCCUUUGGAUGCCUUCCAGCUUCCAGCCAGCGUAGCCUGUGAGGAGGCAUCCAGCCCGGGGCCAGAGCCCACAGAGCCGGAGUCUCCGACGGAAGGGAAGCAGGCUGCCCCAGCGGAGAACGAGGCCCCCCAGACCCAGGGCAGACGCAUCAAAGUGGAGCCCGGCCCGAGGGAAACCAAAGGCUCCGAGGACAGUGGCGACGAGGAUCCCUCCGGCCACCCGGCCACACCGCGGCCCGAGUUCACCUCUGUCAUCCGGGCAGGGGUCCUGAAGCAGGACCCGGUGCGGCCAUGGGGCCUGGCGCCUCCCGGGGACCCCCCGCCCACCCUCCUGCACGCGGGCUUCCUGCCGCCGGUGGUGCGGGGCCUGUGCACGCCCGGUACCAUCCGCUACGGCCCCGCGGAGCUGGGCCUGGUGUACCCGCACCUGCAGAGGCUGGGUCCGGGCCCCGCGCUCCCGGAGGCCUUUUACCCGCCCCUGGGCCUGCCCUACCCGGGGCCCGCGGGCACCAGGCUGCCGCGGAAGGGGGACUGAGGACUGGCAGAGCUGCCGGCGCUGGACCCUGCGACAACCGGGUUCCCCCAGGACAGUAGGCCCGGCUCUGCCCGUAGCCCUGAGAAUUAAACGCCGGCUCUCCCUGCAGUGGUUUGGGCUCCGGGCUGUGAGC